AUGUCUUCCCCCAUCAAGAACGUCGCCUUGGCCGGUGCCGGCGGUGAUGUCGGCUCCGUCGUGCUGGAGCACCUCCGCGCCUCUGGCAAGUUCAACCUGCUCGUGCUCCGCCGCACCGGCUCCGGAUCCACGUUCCCCUCCGACGUCAAGGUAGCAGACGUCGACUUCUCCUCGGUCGAGGCACUCACGGCCGCUCUCGAGGGCCAGGACGCCCUGGUGUCGACCGUCGGCACCGCCGGCCUCGCCGGCCAGACUCUUCUGGUCGACGCCGCCGCCGCCGCAGGCGUCAAGCGCUUCCUGCCGUCCGAGUUCGGCUCCAACCUCGACAACCCCAACACGCGCAAGCUGCCCGUCUUCGCCCCCAAGGUGGCCGUCCAGGAGCACGCCAUCGCCAAGGCCAAGACGUCGGGCCUGACCUACACCUUCGUCUACAACGGCCUCUUCCUCGACUGGGGCCUGCAGAAGCAGUUCCUCUUCCGCUGGGCCGACCGCAAGCCCACAAUCAUCGACGGCGGCGACGCCGUCUUCUCCUCCACCAGCCUGCCCAGCAUCGCCGACGCCGUCGUCGGCAUCCUCACCCACCCGGAGGAGACCAAGAACCGGGCCGUCUACAUCGAGGACAUCAAGCUCACGCAGAACAAGCUCCUCGAGCUGGCCAAGCGCGCCUUCCCCGCGGAGCCCUGGGAACCCCAGCCCGCUAAGCUCGACGACAUCACUGCCAAGGCUGACGCUCGUCUCGCCCAGGGCCUCCUCGACGCCGAGACGUUUGGACCGUACAUCCUCCGCGCCAUAUAUGGCCCCGUAAACGGCGCCAGCUAUUCCAAGACGGACAAUGAGCUGCUCGGGCUCAAGGGAUGGACCGAGGACCAGGUCCUCGAGCUGUUCAAGAAGACCAUCCAGUAG